UUCCGUGUUAACUUUUGGGCGCACAAUCUCCGGAGAUCUCAGGAAUGUUAAUCACUGCCUGCUUCUCAACAAAAUGGGAAAGAAACUAAUAAUCAUAUCGGUCAUUAUUGCUGCAUUUUCAGCGUUUCUUGGUGAACGCGUAAUGAACCUAAGAAAGAAAUUUCAUGCUGAUCGGGAGCUGACCCAAAACCACCUACCCAAUUGUAAAUAUAUCAAAGGCCUUGAAAUUGGAUCUGAAGAUAUCACCAUACUUCCAGAUGGACAGGCACUAAUAAGUACCGGUCUGAAAGUCCAAGGCAUGCUGUCAGAUAACCCUGGGAGAAUAUACGUCCUGGACAUGGAAAAGGACAGAAUGAAACCUGUAGAGCUGCGCAUGGGAAGAGGCUUUGACCUCGAGUCAUUCAAUCCCCAUGGAAUCAGCACAUACACUGAUGCCGAUGGUGCCAUAUACCUCUUCGUUGUCAACCAUCCUCAGCAUCAAAGUCAGGUGGAAAUAUUUAGAUUCCUGGCGGAAGAAAAUUCCCUUGUGCAUCUGAAAACAAUAAAGCACGAACUCUUGCACAGUGUGAAUGACAUAGUGGCAGUAGGCGUGGAGAGUUUUUAUGCCACAAACGAUAACUACUUCACUGGAAUUCCGGCAAUGUUAGCAAUGCUCCUCGCCCUGCCCUGGUGUACCGUAACCUACUACAGCCCAGAGGGCGUUAAAGUUGUGGCAGACGGUUUUUACAUGGCAAAUGGCAUCAACAUUUCUCCAGACAAAAAGCACAUAUAUGUGGGUGAUCUUACAGACAACAAAGUUCAUGUGAUGGAGAGACAAGACAGCAAUGACUUAAUACCAGUGAAGUUCAUGGAUGUGGGAACACCUGUGGAUAAUAUUGAAGUAGAUCCUGAGACCGGUGACUUGUGGGUGGGGUGUCAUCCCAAUGUCUGGAAAUUCUUUUUCAAUAACAUAGAGGACCCAGCAGGUUCAGAGGUUAUUAAGAUUGCAGACAUCCUCUCUGAGCAGCCGACCGUGACACAAGUCUACAUGGAUGAUGGAAGUGUGCUCAUCGGUUCUUCUGUGGCAGCGACCUACGGAGGAAAGCUCCUCAUCGGCUCAGUCUUUCACAGAGCCCUAUGCUGUGAUCUUAAUUAGUCAACUCAACAAGUCUUUCACAGAGCCCUACAGUAUGCUGUGAUCUUAAUUAGUCAACUCAACAAGUCUUUCACAGAGCCCUAUGCUGUGAUCUUAAUUAGUCAACUCAACAAGUCUUGCACUGUACACCUGACAGGCCUACUAGGCUACCUAAAGAAGCUGUAUUGAUGUUUGUAAUUCAUUAAAAAAAUGUGACUGCUUUCUCUAGCCAUGUUGUGAGAGAAUUUACAUAGGCUGUCAUGUGCAUUGAACCGUAGGCUAACGGACAAUGUAGGCUACAACCUUGCACUUGAACAUAAAAAACCUGUUGGGAUGAACUAUUACCUCAUUAAGUCAAUAAGCUUGUCUAAACUAAUAGCAACCCACAAGUUGCCAUUAUUCAGAGUGUUUUUUUUGUUUGUUUUUUUUUAAAGAGAGAAAAGUGAUAUCUAGCAUAGGCUAAAUUUUUUUAAAUAAAGUGACAUUUUC